AUGGCAAAAGAAGCUGGAUACAGUGCCAUUGAGGACUAUGGCAUUAUCGGGGACAUGCACACAUGUGCUCUGGUUGGCAAGAAUGGCAGCCUGGAUUUCAUGUGCUGGCCCGUCUUUGAUUCGCCCUCAGUCUUCUGCCGUCUCCUGGAUAAGGACAAAGGCGGAUGGUUCUCUAUCAAUCCGGAUCCCAAGCUCACCCCAAUCGGGAAGCAGAGGUAUCUCCCUUACACCAACAUGCUCGAAACCCGUUGGAUCGACGAGACUGGGGUCAUCAACUUGUUAGACUAUUUCCCCGUCUCGUCCCACAAGUCGCCCCAGUCCGAUAAACAUCUCUCGGGGUACUGUCCCUGCAGAGAGGCAGGCGCCAAUCUUUUCAAAUCGGGUCUACGCCAUUCGGGCGUGAUCCGCAAAGUCGAAUGCGGCAGAGGAUCGAUGGACGUGGAAGCCGAGCUGUUCCCCGCGUUCAACUAUGCGCGCGACUCUCACAUCGCUCGCUGCAGCCUGAACGACGACGUCGCCAACCAUCGUCUCCAAACAAUCCAUUUUGAGAGCCCCUCGGAAAGGUUGCAAGUACAGAUCUUUAUCGACAGCAAGGAGCCUGGCCAGUCCGGUUUUCCCAAGGUCCACUUCGAGAUGCAGAACCGGCCUGGAAUAAACGGGCGCGGGCUCUCUGCCAAGUUCCAUAUCAGCGAAGGCCAGUCCAUCACGUUUGUCGUCCACAGUCCUGAGAAGGCCAUCCCGGGCGAGAACAUCGUGGGCCCUUACCUCAAUAGGCUGGAGCAAGAGACCUUUGACUACUGGACCGACUGGACCAGGAAGUGCACCUUCAGAGGUCACUACCGCGAACAGGUCGAGCGGAGUUUGCUCGUAUUGAAGCUGUUGACAUAUAGGCCUACAGGGGCUAUCGUAGCGGCACCAACUUUCUCACUGCCUGAAAAUAUAGGUGGUACCCGUAACUGGGAUUAUCGUUAUUCAUGGGUCCGUGAUACGUCUUUCACCCUGUACGUCUUCCUGAAGAUGGGCUACGAUGAGGAGGCGGAGUCCUAUAUUUCCUUCAUCUUCGAUCGGAUCUUUCCAUCAGAAAGCGCCCAGGUCCUGUUUGAAGGCCAUCGACCGUUUCUUCCAAUCAUGUUCACGAUCAGGGGCGAGUACGAAAUCCCCGAGGAAGAGCUCACUCACAUGGAGGGCUACAAAGGAAGCCGGCCGGUGAGAAUCGGUAACGCGGCAGCUUUCCACACCCAGCUUGAUAUCUAUGGCGAGCUUCUCGAUAGUAUCUAUCUGUAUAAUAAGCACGGAAAUCCGAUCUCUUACGAUCAAUGGUUGGCGGUCCGCCGCAUGGUCAACUACGUCGUGGACGUCCGCCAUGAGAAGGACAUGUCCAUCUGGGAAGUUCGUGGUAUGUCACAGAACUUCGUCUACUCCAAGGUCCUGUUAUGGGUCGCUCUGGAUCGUGCACUGCGCCUGGCUGAUAAGCGCUCCAGUCUUCCCUGCCCUGACCGGGGCGAGUGGCUGCGGGUUCGCGAUGAGCUGUACGAUGAGAUCAUGGAGAAAGGCUACAACAAGGAGGAAGGCUACUUCUGCCAGAGCUACGAGAACAAGGCCGUCCUGGACGCUGCGCUUUUGAUCAUGCCGCUCGUGUUCUUCCUGCCAGCUAAUGACAACCGCUUCCUGAGCACGUUGGAGAAAAUUUUGGCACCGCCGGAGAAGGGCGGUCUGACAAGUGCAAGAAUGGUGUUCAGAUAUGACCAUACUAAGGCCAACGAUGGCGUUGGCGGGCGAGAAGGUGCCUUCAUUAUGAUCACUUUCUGGGCCAUUGAGUGCAUGAUCCGCGCCGCAAAAUACCACUCCAGUAUCCCGAGUUAUGCAAACCUCCAAAAGACCGCUCUGGCACACUUCGACAAUGUUCUCUCUUUUGCCAAUCAUCUGGGCAUGUUCUCUGAAGAAGUGGCCGUCUCGGGAGAACAGAUGGGAAAUGCACCCCAAGCUUUCAGUCAUCUAGCAUGCGUCAGCGCGGCAAUCAACCUAGGAAGGGGCGGCGGUGAGGAUUAG